AUGGGUGACAGCAACGACAAGAGUGACUCGAUGCAGCCUCCAAUACUGCAGUCGAAAGAUCAUGGCCAACUUCUUGAUGUCAUCGACCAGUUGCGUUCCUUGGGGAUGGACCGUCAUGUGCCACUCCCCCAGCUUGUGGUCUGCGGUGAUCAAAACUCUGGCAAGAGCUCCGUGCUUGAGGCCAUAUCAGGUGUCCGAUUCCCCACGAAAGAAACUCUUUGCACUCGCUUUGCGACAGAAUUGAUUCUUCGUCGUGACCCAGCGACAAGCGUCAGCGUCAAGAUCCGACCGAGCGAAGAGCGAAGCGCCGAAGAAAAGAUGAGACUAUCUGAUUUCCAAGCGCCGACCACUGAUGUUGAUAGACUCUCAGAUCUCAUCGAAGCAGCCAAAAAUGCUAUGGGUCUGAGUUCUGAAGGCAUGCGCUUCAGUGAGGAUAUCCUUCGGAUUGAGCUUUCUAGUCCAACUCAACCCCAUCUCACACUCGUCGAUCUUCCAGGUCUUUUCCACUCUCCAAACAAGCAACAGACUGCUGAGGACGCUGUUCUGGUGAAGAACUUAGUGCGAUCGUACAUGGCCAAUAAAAGGAGCAUUAUACUCGCCGUAGUGACUGCAAAGAAUGACUACGCAAACCAACUGGUGACUGACAUGGCCCGUGAAUACGAUUUGAACGGCGCCCGAACUUUGGGUAUCAUCACGAAACCCGAUACACUUCUUCCGGGGUCUGAUAGUGAGAGAUCCUUUUUUGGUCUUGCCAGAAAUGAUGAUGUAGCUUUUCGACUUGGCUGGCACGUGCUACGUAACCGAGAUUUUGACACAAAAGACCAUACCGUUGCACAGCGCGACCUUGAAGAGGAGAAAUUCUUCGCACAUGGCAUCUGGACAUCUCUUCCAGCGACCUCUCUAGGUAUCAAGCCAUUACAGUCUCGCUUGAGCAAUGUCUUGAGAGAUCAAAUUCUAGCAGUGCUUCCAAGUUUAAUUGCGGAUGUUGAGAGCGGCAUUCGCGAUUGUGACAGCCGUCUGAGCAAGCUUGGAGUCGCACGAGAAACGAUUGUUGAGCGGCGAUUGUACCUGGUUCGAGUCAGUCAAACAUUCUCUAGUCUGAUUAAGGCCGCUAUCGACGGGGUGUACGCCGACGACUUCUUUGGGGAUGCAAUGACAGACGAUGGAUACAACAAGAGACUUCGAGCGAGUGUCAACAAUCUUUUGUUGAAGUUCGCGGAAGAUGUGCGCUUGAAAGGCAAAAGCCAAGUCAUUGUGGACGGCGAAUCUCGAAGCAACCUACAUGAUACUAACAAAAUCAACAGAUCAGAUUAUCUCGAUCAUGUAGGAAAGCUAAUGAGCAGAAGUCGGGGGCGUGAGCUACCCGGGACAUUCAAUCCUUUAAUCAUCGGCGACUUGUUCUUCGAGCAGUCGAAACCCUGGGCAAAGCUUGCGGAGAAGUACUGCAAACGGAUCCUCGAAGCUAUACAGACUGCCUUGCAGCUGAUGAUAGAUGUUACCGCAGACUCGACCACUUCGGAAGGUCUUCUCACUGAAUUGCUGUAUCCAGCUGUUGAAGGCUGUUCGCAGACGCUGCAUGACAAGGUAAAGGAGCUGAUUCGACCCCAUCAACGUGGUCAUCCAAUUACCUACAAUCAUUAUUUCACCGAGACUAUCCAAGACGCCCGUCGUGCGUUUCGAAAAGAUUAUCAGACUCGCCGCAUCAAUAAAUUCUUCGGCUGUCGUACCGUUGGCACUUCACAGCAUGUCACCGACCCAAGCGAAUUUGACACCGGAGCACUAGUCGACUCGCUAGGCCAACCGUCCGAGAAGAACAUGGAUCGAUAUGCGUGUUCAGAAGCAAAUAAUUUUGCAGUGCUUGCCGUCGAGAACUGCGUUUUGGAUCAGUUGACGGACGUACUCUCGCCAGAGAAAAUCUUGAAGCUCGAAGAUACUGUGGUCGACUCAAUCGCGGGAGAGACCGAGGCUUCACAGCUAGAGAGGCGACGCACUCAAGAGAAAGUAGGGACACUGAAUGAUGGUCUUGUCAUACUCAAUCGCUUCGGUCGACAGCAUGCUUCAGGUACCAAUGAACAUGCGUCUUUCGAAGAUUCUGGUUCGAUUUCGAGGGCUCCGAGCCCUGUUCACAUCGCAACAGAUGAAGAAGUCGAGGAUACGGAACCUCCACCCGAACUUGCAACGCCCACAGCCCAAGAGGAUGUAAUCCUGGAAGCUGCUCCGCAAGCAGAAAUUGUUGAAGCGACUCCAGAUGGAUGGGGAUUUGGCAGCAGUAAGAAGAAAAAAGGAAAGAAAACGAAAGGUUACAGUUUCGAUGAACCUGCGGCUCCAGAAGAAUCAGAAUGGAGCAAUUUCGGCUUUAAAGGAUAA